UGUUUGUCUAUUAUAACUAUUCUAUACUUAUUUUUCAGAAACAAUGCACAGCCAAUGCUAAGGGCUGACCAAACAGGAUAGCACAACCAAUGUUGAAAGAAUGACAAAGUACGAUGGUACAGCCAGCGUUAAAGGAUGGAAAAAUACGAGGGCACAGCCAACGUUCAAGGCAGGCAAAAUACGAUGGCGCCGCCAAUGUUCAAGGCUGGAAAAAUACAAUGGCACAGCCAACGUCCAGGGCUGGCAAAAUACGAUGGCACAGCCUAAGUUCAGGGCUGGCAAAAUACGAUGGCACAGCCAACGUUCAGGGCUGGCAAAACACGAUGGCACAGCCAACGUUCAAGGCUGGCAAAAUACGAUGGCACAGCCAACGUUAAAACAAGCUUGCCAAUAUUCGGGGUACAUACGACGGACAAUGUUGGCUGAGCCAACGUUGGGCUAUGAUAGGUUUCCAAUAUUGGACCAGUGUGAUUUUAGGUGUAGCAAAACCCCAAAAGCCAACGUCGGUCCAAUAUUUCUGCCAAUAUUUGCCAACGUUGGUCCAAGAUCGGCCCAAUGCUGUUGUGCUGACUGGGAUGCUUAAAGAACAGCGCUACAUGCCGCAGGGGCUGGCUUCGGGGCGCGGCGUAAGAGGAUGUCUACAUAAUAUUUAUUUGGACAACACAUUCAUUCUGCUUGUUGGGUACUUUACAGUGCCUUGAUAGGUAUGUAUAGUUUCUUAAAUUGUCAGUUUAACUUAUCUUCAAUAAGUUCCUGAAUUUGUACUAGCAUUUUGAGCUGUUUAUUAUGUUUGCAAUUCUUUUGCUCAAAAUUUCUUUUCUAGCACUGUGCCAUAAAUUAAUCAUAACAUUGCAUAUAAGUUCUUUUUUUAGGGAAAUAUUUCAUUUUCCAGUGGACUAGUUUUUUUUUGCUACGUGUGCUCAAAUUUCAGAAACAGAAAGUUGAGCAGUGUUUCUUGCUCUGUGUAUGGGGUACUUCGCGGCUACAGUAUGUCAUUAAGCAAGUACCAACUAGGCCAGCAAACAGCCUUGUUAAAACAGAAACUGAACUUGGCAAAACUACGUUUUGAACUAUUCAAAAUUAUGUUUUUCCAGGGCAAAAAAAAUAUUUUUAACAAAAGUAACUUUAAAAUAAUUGUUCCUGGUUGAAAACCUGCACCUUAAGUAAGUUUCAUGCAAAUCCAGUAAAGUGACCAAAGCCAACUGUGCAUUCUUAUGUUGAUUGGGCCAUGUGUACACUGUUAUUUGCAGCAAAAGCACUACGACAUCUGUAUAGAGCAUAAGAUGGAAAGCCGGGCUAGUUGGUAUGCAUUCAUGGUAAUUUAACAGCGCGAAAAAACUAGAGACAAAAGAAAAGGGCUGUGCAAAAGAAAGGGGGUGAAGCGCUUGUCCUGUGCAGUACACCCCUUUCUUUUCUCUCGUUUUUUGUGCAGGUAAAUUACCAUGAGCAUAGAGCAUGUCAAAUUUAAGUUGUAGAUCUGAUAACCUAAAGCUUGUCACUGCACGAAUUAUGAGAAUGACAUUAUUUACAGUGCCAUCGCUUAUUUACAGUGCCACCGCCUGGAUCAUCUGCUCCCUCUGCACUAGCAGGUGAUGGUGAAAGCAUUGGCGACCUGGACCUUGGCAGCAACCAAGUCGAGCAUGGCGACAGCGAAGUCGAGCAUGGCGACAGCGAAGUCGAGCUCUGCAACAGCCAGGGCGAGCUGGUGACCCCAACAAUGGACUUGACGGCAGCCAGUGGGACCAAUACCGUUUUGUAGAUCAAACCGUCAUUGGUUCAAGCAGAGAUGAUGGCAAGAUCUAAGCCGGGUGCAAACCGAUGGGUUGAGAAGGAUGCCUGGGUCAUGCUGAUGAGGUCACCAAGUGAUUCGAUGUUUUGCCGCUCUGCGUGCCUCAUAUAUUGGACACCAGAGCAGCUGGAGUGCCGAAGCGUGACAGGGGUCCUGUCGAACAAGCACAGAUCUCUUGGGCAGACGCAGGCCAGACCUGCCAUGACACCCGAGAAGCUGAACGUCCUGAAAGCGGUGUUCCAUGUUUACAUGGGGGAGAACACGCCGGCGGAUGUGGCCGACAAAAGGGUCAAGAGCGUCCGCCGGCACCUGGCCCAAAAGUCGGGUGACGUCCAACGAAAAUAUGUGCCAUAAAUAAAUGUAUAUUUCACUUCAAAAAUUUAUACAGAAAGUCGUUAUUUUAAGAACCUUCACUAAAUGAAGCUCAAAGGUAUCACUGCACCACGUUUUGUAGUGUGUAGCAGUGCUUCUACCUGGAGCAUUGCAUGCUCGAUCAAGAGGGCUUAGAUAGAAUAGUUCAUUGUUUUGCACAACUCUUAAUGGUUACACUUCGGAUAUCUCAUAACAUAAACACAAUUGUUUGCAUAAUGAUUUGCCGGCCUGAACUAUCACCCAGGUUUUUUUUCUUC